AGAUACCCAACCAGCCAAACUUCCAGAAGUCCGCAAGGCUCUGGUGUUUGGAUUUAACUUCCCUGGCCGUGGGAAUCCCUCCAUGGAUGCCAUUGAGGGCAUGAAGCCCCUCCUGCAGCUGGUGUUCCACUUGACAGACAAGAUUAGGAGGUUCAAGCUCAGCAAGGAGGGUAAAACAAAGGCUGAGAAGAAUCGUGCUCGUGUGGAGGAAGCAUUCUUGAAGGCCACUCAUGCUGUGCGAGCUGAGCAGGCGCAACAAAAGCGAGAGGAGCGCAAGAGGGUGGAACGUGAGAAGAUGCUUCAGAUUGAUGAUCCAGACAAGCAACGCAAGUGGGAAGAACGUGAACAUCGACGCCAGAUGAAACGCCGAGCCCCCAAAAUGAAGCAGCUCAAGGUGUGAAGAUUUAACGAGGACGAAUUACUCAGGUAUGAAUCCCAAAAUCCCUGCAGACGACUGUGGCAAUUGACACUGAAAUAGGAUUUGUGAUGGUAGUUGUAAGAGGAAAUUGGGGAAAGACUAAAAAAAAAGUAAUCAGAAAGGUGGAAUUGAGCAAGGACUACUUUAUUUUUCUUAUUAGAACUUUGUUACCCUGAUUUUCCAUUUCUUUACUUUAGUUUUCAGUUUUAUUUGAUACAUAAAUGAAAACAGUUUUGUUUGAUUCAAUGUUUACGGGAUAUUCAUCAAUAUUUGUCAGAUGCUUGUUAAAAGUGCCAAAUUUUCCUAUAUCUUCUUCAAAAUAUAUUUAUUUGAUUUUGAGAGAUUCUGAUUUAGAUAAUUUCUACUUCAUUUAUUUGUAGCCUGCUCUUUCACAUUUUAGCCAGAAAAAGGGAGGAAAAAGAGAAAUAUGUACUGAUCUGAAACUUUGAUGAUAACUUCUUAUUGUUUAAUAGAGCUCUGAUCCAGGCUCUUAUCUAUAUAUAUUGAGUAAUAUCUCAUGAUUGUGAUUAAUCAAAGGAAAGUUUAUGAAUGCUUGGCCAAACAUAGGUUUAACAUUUCAAGAUUUUUUUUUUUUACAUGCAAGAACCAAAGUUUUUUUGGUUUGUUCUAUUUGCCACAGAAAAUAUUGUGAAUCACCCAGAAUAAUUACUCUUAAUGCUUCAUAUAAUAGCUAAACAUAACUUAUAGCUGUAAUACAUAUAUCAUAAACAGUGCUUUAUUACACCAGAUUUACUCUCAUAGCAGAAAUGAGAGUAAUGUGAAAUUUCCUAUUUUCAGACUUCAUAAGAGAAUAUGGUGUAUGUAGAAGAGUACAAGAUGUGUUUAUUUUGGUAAGUUUGGUGAAAGUAGUGUACCUUGGUCCUUUAAAUUAUCGAAAGCAUGUCAUCACAUGUGAUAGAAUUUUUCCUGUGCAGUGCCGUCCCUGUCAGACUUGUUUCUGCGUGUGUGACAGGCUUUGAGUUUGAUUUUUUCUAUGUCUUUUCCUGUUUGUGUACCAUUGCGGGGAGAAGUUAUUUGUACAGUGUUUCACAAAGAAUGGAUCACAAGACUAUGUGUGCCUGGGCUCCAUAGAUAGCACUUUGUACAGGGAUGAUGUUAUGAACAGAUAGAAUGUUGUGCUUGUUGUUUUCUGAAGAGCAAAGUUGUAUGAAGUUUUUCAUUCCUGUGAUACUUCUAGGUAUGCAAUAGGAAAAAUUGUUAUUCAUCACAAAUUCAUUCCUCUUUUGUAUGUUCCAUGCAUUGUUACUAAGUACUAAUAAUAGUACUAGAAUAUUUCUUUUGGGAGAGUUGAAACCAAUCUUUUGGAUUGGAAUUGUGUGCUGACACCCAAGAAGUUAAGGUUUGGUACUUUGUACCAUAAGGCUCAAUUUCUGGGUUUAUAUAUUUUUCAGUUGAUUAUGUUAGGAACGAUUGUGCAUAUUGUAAGGCUCAUCUAUAUGUACGAAAUCUGUGAGGGCCAAUCAUUUUUGCAAUUGUUUUAUUUGAUUUGUAUUGUGCUAGUCUGUGUAUUUCAUAUUAUAAAUUAUGACUGUUAAAAUGGUGUUUUGCACCAUAGAAAAUUUUUAAACCUUAAUAAAAAUUGGAAAAAAACAA